UUGCUAGAUAGUUAUAAUGUUAACAUAUAUAUAUGAUAAAAACUAUGUUUGUUUGUUGUACAGAUUUAAAAUAAGAAUGGGCGAAAAUAGAAAUAUCUUUUACAAAUAUUGUCGCCUCACUAUUUUUCUUGUUCUUGUUCACCUCCUCCAUUUUUUUAUAUGAUAAUAUAGGGUUAAACAUUAUUUCACCUUGUUAACUAAAGUUGUAUACCCAUUAUAUUGAUUUAACAUUCCUUAAAACUUUAAAAUUUCAGAAAUAAAAUGAUCGGUUCCAUUGUACGUAGUAGCUCCCAUCUUGUCAGUGGACUUAGGUCCUUCUCUAGUACAGCUGGUAGAGCUGGAGGUCAUGGUGUACCUCCACCAGGAGAUAAUCUUCCUUUUUCCAUCAACAACAGGUUUAAGUUGACUGCAUAUUUCAUCCUUUUCUUCGGAAGUGGACUCACUGUUCCAUUCUACGCAAUGCGUCAUCAACUUCUCAAGAAAUAAGCUUAACAUCUGUUGGAGCUGCAGUACAAGAAUUGCGCGGUCACCACGUAUGUUUACAUGCAUUGUUGCCUUGUUAAUGUAGAGCAGCUUUUAGAUUUAUAUAGUUGUAGUAUUAUUUAUUUAUUAGUUUUAUUUUAAAUAUUAAAUAUUAAUUUUCUUAAAAUCCAUCAAAUAUCAUUUAGCUCUUGUUUCUAGCAGACUUGAUUCUAGAAUAUGAUUUUAGUGAAUUUAAGAAGAAAAG